CAAGGAUUUUCACCAAUCAAAACUUGCUUCAAGCUUCACAUCUCUACAGCGCAGCCACGACUUCCUGUCAUUUUAUUCAGUCACAGCUAGCCUCUCAGUUGCUGGCCUUCCGCCGAAUCACGGACUGAUAACAAGUUGCGAACGCUGGUCCAUCUUUGGCGCGGCAUCAAAGUAUCAUGCCUGACUCGAACACCAUCAGCCUUUUGAUUCCUCCCGAGCCUUCAUCAAAACCCCAAAAUCUCCAAACGCAGAUACAGCAGAUCAUUGCACAAAAAGGUCAUUUCCGCCAUGUCACCGAGCGUUCUCUUCUCGCUGAGAUCCAGGGCACUGGCGCAGCGCCGGACACAAUCCACGCUGGCCAGAAAGACGAGCCUGAAACUGAAGAAGAUGAAUCUCCUCAGAAGCGCCAGGAACGCGUCUGGAAGCGCAGGGAUGAGAUGCUGGACCGACUAAACUACGCACAGAACGAAGUCCUCUGCGCCCUGGACUUUGUGUCAUUCCUGAUUUCUCAGCAGUCAAUCCCCGCUCAGCAUUCCAUGUCACCUGCGCUCCAACAGGCUGUCCCUGUAGGGACAUUGGCCUCUCGAGUUCUCAAAGACAGACCGAUCCCUCCUUCUACGAGGCGGCGGCUCGCCUCUGUCUCUCAAGGCUGGAGGUCUGAGGGCUUUCAGGCAGCCUCAAACAAGCUGGCCGCAGCUUCUGCUCGCCUUCAGACGGAAGCAGAGCGUGAGACAGAGUAUUGGCACCAGAUUGCUGAUCUCAACAGCAAAGGAUGGUCGGUUUCGCGACUUCCACGAGACCACAAAGCCAUUGGCGUUCAUUUCGGAUUUGCUGAAUCAGCACCGCAAUUCCGCGAUCGAGGCUUUGCUCUUCUUCGCCAGGCUGCUGAUGGCUCUGUCGUUUUGGAUCGACAAGUAGGGCUUAAAAAAAGCAAACGGAUAGGCGUUUUUGUUGUCCGGGACGGCGUCAAAACUGGCGCUUUCGACUUUCAAACUCAUACUUCGGUUGAAACGACAGAACUCAACCGAAACCUCAACGACUACCGCAACGCCCUUUUCGAAGAAGAAUUAUUCUAUGAGAUAUGCCGGGAAGCACGUCUAGUGGCCAACCAAGGUAUUACCAUGCGUUCGCAGAGCGUUGAGAUUGACGUUGGUGGCAAGUACCAUUUGUGGCUCGUGUCCUCCACCGAACAAGAGGGAGUGCCAUCUGUCAAUACCGAAGACCAGUUGAUAGCUCAAUUUGUGGCCGUAUCCCUGCGUUUGUUGUUGGCUGUCGCUCAUGAGCAGAAUCUCAUCAGGCGGUCGCAAAAAUCGCCGCCAAUGACCCUGAAAACACGACCAACUCCCGAGUACGCGCUGCUCCGACCUGUCUUAGCACAUUUACGGCACCGUGCAGAAGCCGGGGCCUUGUGGGACGAAUGCAAAGCGCUGCUACGUGCUUUCAAGAGCGCGAAUUUGCCGAACACUGUCUCGACGGAAGCCUCAACCGACGCAGUGUUCCAAUCUCUGAAGAUCGAAACGCCCCGCACGAUGCUUUCAGAGCUGAUGUUACCCGUCAAGACGUGCUUCAGAAUAAGCCUGACAGCAGGGCGCAGCUUACAGAUUGGGCUGGCCACGUUUCUUGGGCCCCCUCUGUUUGGCUCCCGCUAUGAAGUAUCGUCGAUUGAUUUUGGACUUGCAACUGUACCGUUGUCUCGUCACGAAACUCGCGACGAGGCGCUGUCGUUUGUGAGACGCAUGCUGGUAUUGGAUCUCGUUGCGCACAGCGAGACGCUGGCCCUAGCAGAGCAAUCCGCGACACGUUCGGAGACGAACAAGAGCACACGAGUGGGAUGGGUAGUCUCACAGCCCCACAACGGCGAGUUGAGCCUGUACGAUGCUCAGGAGGCCAUCGAGAAGCUACAGAUUGUGGUGCAGCCCGAAGUUAUCGGCGUCAAACUACAUCCAGCGAGGAAGAGAAGCGGGUUUCAGAAUGUGGUGUGGUCCUGGACAUCCACUGGAAGUUCCAAGACAGAAGGAACUGUGACAACCGCGGAGGCAGACAUCACGUUUGAUGCAGCAAUAAAGGAGGCAAUCGAGAGCAGUAGCCAUAGAAGCAGUAUCUAAUCCGCAUGCCCCAGGCAGUGCCCUAUACUGCUGCUUCGGGGGAGGACGGGGCGCACGAACAAAAUCCUCAUGUGAGGGAGUUAUCCCAAGUCGCACAGUGUAAGGAUGAAGGACCAAUGAUAUGCUUCCAGAGACGGGUAUGUGGGCAAGCUGACCAUGCAUAGUUGUUACAUGUCGUACGCUGGAAAGUCAUCUGACAAGCCUGGGAAAAUAUCUCGACCAUCGAUUCUCUUGGUGGGUGGAAUCCUGGGUAAGGCUGGGCGACGCACCUCACACAUACGGAGUAGUGGUUGGCCCGG